AUGGGCGUGGAGGGAGGGCGGGCGGGCAGGAGGCGGAGGGCGGAGGAGGAAGAGGAUGAGGAAGGGGGCCAGUUGCAUCCCACUUUCACAAUGGGAAACCGGGGCGCGGACGAGCCCGUGUGGCGGUCGGAGCAAGCCAUCGGAGCCAUCGCGGCGAGCCGGGCGGACGGCGUGUUCGUGGCGAGCGGCAGCUGCCUGGACCAGCUGGACUACAGCCUGGAGCACAGGCUCUCGCGCCUGUACCGGGACCAGGCGGGCAACUGCACGGAGCCCGUCUCGCUGGCGCCCCCCGCGCGGCCCCGGCCGGGGAGUAGCUUCAGCAAGCUGCUGCUGCCCUACAGCGAGGGGGCGGCCGACCUCCAGGGGCUGCUGCUCACCGGCUGGACCUUCGACCGAGGCGCCUGCGAGGUGCGGCUCCUGGGCAACCUGAGCCACAGCUCCCUGCGCAACGGCACCGAGGUGGUGUCCUGUCACCCGCAGGGCUCGACGGCCGGCGUUGUGUACCGCGCGGGGGACCAGAACCGCUGGUACCUGGCAGUGGCCGCCACCUACGUGCUGCCGGAGCCCGAGACCGCGAGCCGCUGCAAUCCGGCGGCGUCCGACCGCGACACCGCCAUCGCCCUCAAGGACACGGAGGGACGCAGCCUGGCCACGGAGGAGCUGGGCCGCCUCAAGCUGCGCGGGGGCGCGGGCAGCCUGCACUUCGUGGACGCCUUUCUCUGGAACGGCAGCGUCUACUUCCCCUACUAUCCCUACAACUAUACGAGCGGCGCCGCCACCGGCUGGCCCAGCAUGGUGCGCAUCGCGCAGAGCGCCAAGGUGCUGCAGUUCCAGGGCCAGGCGGCCCUCGACUGCGGCCACGGCCACCCCGACGGCCGGCGCCUGCUCCUCUCCUCCAGCCUGGUGGAGGCCCUGGGCGUCUGGGCGGGUGUGUUCAGCGCGGCCACCGGCGAGGGCCAGGAGAAGCGCUCCCCCGCCACCACGGCACUCUGCCUCUUCAGGAUGAGUGAGAUCCAGGAGCGCGCCAAGAGCUGCUCCUGGGACUUCCAGACGGCCGAGCAAAACUGCAAAGAAGGGGAGCAACCUGAAAGAGUCCAACCAAUCGCAUCAUCUACCUUGAUCCAUUCCGACCUGACAUCCGUUUAUGGCACCGUGGUAAUGAACAGGACUGUUUUGUUCUUGGGGACUGGAGAUGGCCAGUUACUUAAGGUUAUUCUUGGUGAGAAUUUGACUUCAAAUUGCCCGGAGGUUAUCUAUGAAAUUAAAGAAGAAACACCUGUUUUCUACAAACUGGUUCCUCAUCCCAAGAAGAAUAUCUACAUCUAUCUAACAGCUGGGAAAGAGGUGAGGAGAAUUCGUGUUGCAAAUUGCAGUAAACAUAAAUCCUGUACGGAGUGUUUAACAGCAACAGACCCUCACUGCGGUUGGUGCCAUUCUCUGCAAAGGUGUACCUUCAAAGAAGAUUGUGUACCUUUAGACAACUAUGAAAACUGGCUGGAUAUUUCAUCCGGAGCUAAAAAGUGCCCUCAAAUUAACCUAUUUCGAAGCAGUGAAGAUAAGACUACAGUGACUGUGGUCGGAAGCCUCCCUCCGAGACGGUCGGAGUGGAAGUGCAUGGUGAAGAACUUGGACACGGGCAGGGAGCUCUGCAAGGGUAGAAGUCCGCCGGGCAGGGUCUGUACCUGCAACAUGCCCACCAGAGCAACCUACAAAGAUGUUUUAGCCGUCAACGUGACGUUCUCCUCCGGUUCUUGGCAUUUAUCAAAAAGAUUCAACUUUACCAACUGCUCAUCAUUCAGAGAAUGCCCAGCGUGUAUUGGAACUGACUGUGCUUGGUGUAAAAGUGAGAGAAAGUGUAUCCACCCCUUCACAGCUUGUGACCCAUCUGAUUACAAGACAAACCAGGAACACUGUCAAGUUGCUGUUGAGAAACGGGCACCAUCCAAGACUGCAGGAGGAGGAAGAUUCACCGAGAUUAGGAGUAGUAGAGCCAACCCGGGCUUGCAGGUCUUCUACAUUAAGUCCAUCGAGCCACGGAAAAUAUCGACUUUAGGGAAAAGUAACGUGAUCGUCACGGGAGCAAACUUUAGCCAGGCAUCCAACAUUACAAUGAUCCUGAAAGGAACCAGUACUUGUGAUAAGGACGUAAUACAGGUCAGCCACGUGCUAAAUGACACCCAUAUGAAAUUCUCUCUACCGUCAAGCCGAAAAGAAAUGAAGGAUGUGUGUAUCCAAUUCGACGGCGGGAACUGUACAUCUGUGGGACCCUUGUCAUAUAUUGCUCUGCCUCACUGCUCCCUCAUAUAUCCUGCCACCACCUGGAUCAGUGGUGGUCAAAAUAUAACCAUCCUGGGCAGAAAUUUUGACGUAAUUGACAACUUAAUCAUUUCACAUGAGUUAAAAGGAAACAUAAAUGUCUCCGAAUAUUGUAUGGCGACUUCCUGCAGGUUUUCAGCCCCCAGCUUCAAGGGUUCGAAAGUGCGGGCCAACGUCACCGUGAAGCUGAGAGUCCAGGAGACCUACUUGGACUGUGGGAGCUUGCAGUAUCUUGAGGACCCCAGGUUCACAGGGUGUCGGGUCGAACCCGAGGGGGACACAGAAUUGGAAGUGAAAAUUCAAAAAGAAAAUGAUGACUUCAACAUCUCCAAGACAGACAUUGAAAUCACCCUCUUCCAUGGGGAAAAUAAGCAAUUAAAUUGCAGUUUCGAAAAUAUUACUAGAAAUCAAGAUCUCACCAUCAUCCUUUGCAAAAUUAAAGGCAUCACGAAUGCAAACAGCAUUGACACCUCUUCCAAGAAAGUCCGUGUCAAACUGGGAAACUUAGAGCUCUAUGUUGAGCAGGAAACAGUUCCCACCACUUGGUAUUUCCUGAUUGUGCUUCCCGUCUUGCUCGUGAUUGUCAUUUUUGCGGCCGUGGGGGUGACCAGACACAAAUCGAAGGAGCUGAGUCGCAAACAGAGCCAACAGUUGGAGCUCCUGGAGAGCGAGCUCCGGAAGGAGAUACGUGACGGCUUUGCUGAGCUGCAGAUGGAUAAAUUGGAUGUGGUUGAUAGUUUUGGAACUGUUCCCUUCCUUGACUACAAACAUUUUGCUCUGAGAACUUUCUUCCCCGAGUCAGGUGGCUUCACACACAUCUUCACUGAAGAUAUGCAUAACAGAGAUGCCAAUGAUAAGAAUGAAAGUCUCACAGCCUUGGAUGCCCUCAUUUGUAACAAAAGUUUCCUUGUUACUGUCAUCCACACCCUUGAAAAACAGAAGAACUUUUCAGUGAAGGACAGGUGUCUGUUUGCCUCCUUCCUGACCAUUGCCCUGCAAACCAAGCUGGUCUACCUAACCAGCAUCCUGGAGGUGCUGACCAGGGACUUGAUGGAACAGUCUAGUAACAUGCAGCCUAAACUCAUGCUGAGACGCACAGAGUCUGUGGUUGAAAAACUCCUCACAAACUGGAUGUCGGUCUGCCUUUCUGGUUUUCUGCGGGAGACGGUUGGAGAGCCAUUCUAUUUGCUGGUAACGACCUUGAACCAGAAAAUAAACAAGGGUCCCGUGGAUGUGAUCACUUGCAAAGCCCUGUACACCCUCAACGAAGACUGGCUGCUGUGGCAGGUUCCAGAAUUCAGUACUGUGGCAUUAAACGUCGUCUUUGAAAAGAUCCCAGAAAAUGAGAGUGCAGACGUCUGUCGGAAUAUUUCAGUCAACGUUCUUGAUUGUGAUACCAUAGGCCAAGCCAAAGAAAAGAUUUUCCAGGCAUUCCUAAGCAAAAAUGGCUCUCCUUAUGGACUUCAGCUGAAUGAAAUCGGUCUUGAGCUGCAAGUGGGCACACGACAAAAAGAACUUCUGGAUAUUGACAGUUCAUCUGUGAUUCUCGAAGAUGGAAUAACCAAGCUAAAUACCAUUGGCCACUAUGAGAUAUCAAAUGGAUCCACUAUAAAAGUCUUUAAGAAGAUAGCAAAUUUUACUACAGAUGUGGAAUACUCAGAAGACCACUGCCAUUUGAUUUUACCAGAUUCGGAAGCAUUCCAAGAUGUGCAAGGAAAGAGACAUCGAGGGAAGCACAAGUUCAAAGUAAAAGAAAUGUAUCUGACAAAGCUGCUGUCGACCAAGGUGGCAAUUCAUUCUGUGCUUGAAAAACUUUUUAGAAGCAUUUGGAGUUUACCCAACAGCAGGGCCCCAUUUGCUAUAAAAUACUUUUUUGACUUUUUGGAUGCCCAGGCUGAAAACAAAAAAAUCACAGAUCCUGAUGUCGUACAUAUUUGGAAAACAAACAGCCUUCCUCUUCGCUUCUGGGUAAACAUCCUGAAGAACCCUCAGUUUGUCUUUGACAUUAAGAAGACACCACACAUAGACGGCUGUUUAUCUGUGAUUGCCCAGGCCUUCAUGGACGCAUUUUCUCUCACAGAGCAGCAACUCGGGAAGGAAGCACCAACUAAUAAACUUCUCUAUGCCAAGGAUAUCCCAACCUACAAAGAGGAAGUAAAAUCUUAUUACAAAGCAAUCAGGGAUUUGCCUCCAUUGUCAUCUUCGGAAAUGGAAGAAUUCUUAACUCAGGAAUCUAAGAAACAUGAAAAUGAAUUUAAUGAAGAAGUGGCCUUGACAGAAAUUUACAAAUACAUCGUAAAAUAUUUUGAUGAGAUUCUAAAUAAACUAGAAAGAGAACGAGGGCUGGAAGAAGCUCAGAAACAACUCUUGCAUGUAAAAGUCUUAUUUGAUGAAAAGAAGAAAUGCAAGUGGAUGUAA